UUUGUUGUAGUAACGUAUUUUUGAUUGUUUUUAUUAACAUCUCAUAGGUUUGUUUAUAUGUUUUAAAUGUUAAUAUUUUACAUGAGAAUCAAUAACUGUGUGGAAUAAUAAAAUCUACAAAAUGAGUGUAGUUAAUUCGGAUGGGAAUAUAUAUUUAGAACGUCUGCAUAAGAUUAUAGAAGAAAUCCCCUCGGGGGUCAGAGAUCACGAUUUUGAGACAAUCCUCAAAGUACAACAUUCACAAGAGUUGUUGAAAACUACUAACAAUAACAUCAUAUUUCCAGCUAAUCAGUGGUUAGAUAAUGUUUGGAAAAACUGUGAUGUUUCUAAAAAAUUGGAAGAAUUAUCAGAUGUUACUAAAAAUGUAGAUUCUGCUUGGAGACCUGUUACAGGAGAAGCUGAUGUAAAACCAUUACUUGCAAAUGUAUUAAGGGAAAGAAAAAAACGAUUGGAGCAAGAAAUUAAAAAAAUUCGGGAACAAUCUUUGGCUUUAAGAGAGAAUUUGAUGAAUUGUAAUUCGAUAUUGAAUAAUAAUGUUGAUAAGAUGAAGAAAUUUUAUCUAAGUGGUUUUGAAAACAUUGAAAAUAGCAUUCAAAACUAAUAAUUUAAACUUAUUUAAUUCCCUUGACAGUUUUUCAGGUGAUUUUAAAUUGUAAGAAUUAAAAUAAAGCAAUUUUUUCAAAAUAAUUUUUUUUUUAAUGGAAAACAGCUUUUUAGUCGCUUCGAUUACUUUUGGAGCGAAAACUGCGACGAUUUGAUGAUUUUCAGUAUCGACUCGAUCGAGUGGAAGUUCUAGAUGUGUCCCAAAGAUGGUGUGACAAGGUCCGGAAUAGCGGAGUAAUUAUAUUUCAAAAAAUAGGGACACAAAUUAAUGUUGAUGUAAAUAAAAUAUUGUGAAAAA